UUUUUUUCAGUUCGGGACUCGUUCCCCAAAACCCGUUUCUAUCGGUGUGGUCUUUUUUUUCUUCUCAUAAGUUUUUUCGGUUGUAGUCUGACAAGUCUGUCACUUUUAAUACCAUGGCACAAGCAUCCAACGAAACGUGCAAAUCUCUAUACGUUGGCAAUCUCGAUCCUCGAGUCACCGAUGAAAUGCUUUCACAGAUUUUCUCCGUGGUCGCUCCCGUUGAUAAUGUGAAAAUCAUUCAAGAUCGCAACUUCACGCACGGAGGGCUCAACUAUGGGUUUGUGGAGUUCAGCGAACAUCAAGCGGCUGAUCAGGCAUUGCAAUCCAUGACGGGACGAACGGUGUUUGGUCAAGAAAUCCGUGUGAACUGGGCUACCCAAGGGUCCAAUCAGAAAGAAGAUACAAGUAAUCAUUUUCACAUUUUUGUUGGAGAUCUUAGUGCGGAAGUCAAUGAUGAAGUGUUAAGUAAGGCUUUUCGACCUUUCAAGACAAUGUCAGAGGCGCGAGUGAUGUGGGAUCAGACGACAGGAAAAUCGAGAGGCUUUGGCUUUGUCGCUUUUCGUGAUAAAACCGAUGCGGAGCAAGCCAUUGCCACCAUGAACGGUGAAUGGCUGGGAUCUCGAGCUAUUCGCUGCAAUUGGGCAAACCAAAAGAAUAACACCAGUAAUAACACCCAACAAGGCUAUCCAUCUGUAAUAGCACCGAAUAUGACCUAUGAACAAAUCUUUGCCCAAACCCCUCCCUAUCAGACUACUGUUUACAUUGGUAACUUACCUCACGGCAUCACACAACAAGAUAUUGCUCCCUACUUCCAGCAAUACGGUUAUGUCACCGAUAUUCGCUUACAGACCGACCGCGGAUUCGCUUUUGUAAAAAUGGAUACACAUGCAAACGCGUCAGCGGCGAUUUUUGCACUUCAAGGAUUUCAAAUUGGCGGUCGGCCUGCUAAACUGUCAUGGGGAAAAGAUCGCAUGGCUAACAACAACAAUACCCCAUACGGAGGAGACCCUUACGCAUCGUACAACUAUGCUGCCGGACCUUAUGCUCAACAAAACUGGGUUCAGCCUACCACAGCGUACGAUCCACAAACGAUGAGAGCGCCCGCUCCCGGGGCCGGUACAGGUCAUGAAGGGUGGGAACAAUAUUAUCAGCAUCAACAAUAUUACAACGCCGGACAAAACAUGAACUUAUAAAAAUCAUCUUUGCCGAUAAACAAAAUAAACCUCAUCAAAAAAGAAAUUGGCGCCUCCUUCUCCAACAUCUGCGGAAAGAAAAGCAAACGACAAAAUGUCGCGUGAUCGUACUGGCAUAUGGCUGCAUGAAACUGAGAACACAUUCAACGGAGUUUCAAUCCAACUUCCCGAUCGGAUCGCGCGGCUUCCAAGUCAUUAAUAAGCAUCCAUCCACAGAUGAUGCAACUGAUGCGGCUGAUAAACCAAGUGAGAG